UCACAUUAUUGAAAAACAAGUUGAACAGAUUUAAGAACCUACUUAGUGCUGAUUACCCAGCAUGCUCUGAGGAGGAGGAGGAGGACUGUGUUGGAGAGGGUGUGCUGAAGAUCACACUACACCUCCUGAAGAACAUGAAGCAGAAAGACCUCGCUCACAAACUGCAGAUCAAGCUGGCCUCUGUGUAUCAGCGGAAGCUCAAAUCCAAACUUCUAGAUAAAUGUAAAAGAAUUAAUGAAGGAGUCUCACAGCAUGGGACAUCAACACUUCUAAAUCAGAUCUACACAGAGCUCUACAUCACAGAGGGUGGGAGUGGAGGCGUCAAUAAUGAACAUGAGGUGAGACAGCUUGAGACGAUGUCCAGGAGACCAGCAGUAGAGGAGACACCCAUUAAAUGUAAUGAGCUCUUUAAAGACAAGUCCAUCAGAAGUGUGCUGACUAAAGGAGUAGCUGGAAUUGGAAAAACCGUCUCUGUGCAGAAAUUCGUUCUGGACUGGGCUGAAGGGACAGUGAAUCAGGACAUCCUCUUCCUGUUUCCUCUUCCCUUUAGAGAACUGAACUUGGUCAAGCAGGAAAACUUUAGUCUGAUUACACUUCUUCAUCAGUUUUUCCCUGAAUUUGAGGACUUGGAAGUAAUAGACAAUGAUAUCUACAAAGUUCUGUUCAUCUUUGAUGGUCUGGAUGAGUGUCGACUUCCUCUAAAUUUCCAGGAGAAUGAGAUGUUGUGUGAUGUGACAGAGUCAGUCUCACUGGAUGUGCUGCUCACAAACCUCAUCAAGGGGAACCUGCAUCCCUCUGCUCUUCUCUGGAUCACCACUCGACCGGCAGCAGCCAAUCAGAUCCCUCCUGAGUGUGUAGACCAGAUAACAGAGGUACGAGGGUUCAGUGAUGCUCAGAAAGAGGAGUACUUCAGGAAGAAGAUCAGUGAUCAGAGCCUGGCCAAUAAAAUCAUCAGACACAUGAAGUCUUCCAGAAGCCUUUACAUUAUGUGCCACAUUCCAGUCUUCUGCUGGAUCUCAGCCACUGUUCUAGAGAGAAUGUUGGGUGAAGCAGAGAGUGGAGAGAUCCCCAAGACCCUGACUCAAAUGUUCACACACUUCCUGGUUUUUCAGAUCAAACACAAGGACCAAAAGUACCAGCAGAAAUGUGACCUUGAUCUUCCCCAGACCAGAGAGAGUAUCCUGGCUUUGGGAAAACUGGCUUUCCAACAGCUGGAGAAAGGAAAUCUGAUGUUCUAUGAGGAAGACCUGAGAGAGUGUGGCAUUGAUGUUAAAGAAGUGGCAGUGUACUCAGGAGUGUGUACUCAGAUCUUCAGAACCGAGUCUGGACUUUACCUGGGGAAGAUGUUCAGCUUUGUGCAUCUGAGUGUUCAGGAGUUUUUGGCUGCUUUAUACACAUUUCUCUGCUUCCUUGACAAAAAGACAACACUAAAACAAACCACUAAUCUGUCUGGUCUUUUCAAGAAGUCAGAAAUGUCUGAGUUCCUCAAGAGUGCAGUGGACCAGGCCUUACAGAGUGAGAACGGACACUUGGACCUUUUCCUACGCUUCCUUCUGGGUCUCUCAGUGGAGUCUAAUCAGAAGCUCAUUGGAGGUCUGCUGACACACACAGGAAGCAGUUCUGACUACCAAAAGAACACAGUCGAGUACAUCAAGUUCAAGUUUGAACACAAUCCAUCUCCAGAGAGAUUAAUUAAUCUAUUUUACUGUCUGAACGAGUUAAAUUAUGAUUCACUAGUGAAAGAGAUCCAAAGCUACAUGAGCUCAGGACGUCUCUCUGAAGCUGAACUCUCACCUGCUCAGUGGUCUGCUCUGGUCUUUGUGUUACUGACGUCAGAGGAGGAUCUGGAAGUGUUUGAGCUUCAGAAGUUUAUAAAGUCAGAUGAAUGCUUUAAGAGACUGCUGCCAGUCGUACAGGAAGCCACAACAGCUCUACUCAGUGAGUGUAACCUGACAGAGAGAAGCUGCUCGGCUUUACACACAGUUCUCAGCUCAGAGUCCUCCAAGCUGACUGAGGUGGAUCUGAGCAGGAAUCCUCUGGAGGACUCAGGAGUGAAGCUGCUUUGUGCUGGACUGAAGAGUCCAAACUGUAAACUGGAGACACUGAGACUUUCAGACUGCAGUAUAACAGGGGAAGGAUACACUGCUUUGGCUGAAGCUCUGAAAUCAUCUCACCUGAUAGAGCUGGAUCUCAGAGGGAACGACCCUGGAGACUCAGGAGUGAAGCUGCUCACUGAUUUACUACAGGAUCCAGACUGUACACUGAACACACUGAGUCUGUUGAAAUGUGCUGAGGCGGAGGAAGCCUGUGUUUCUUUAACUGAGCUUCUCGGUACAAACCCUUUACUGCAGAGAGAACUGGAUCUGAGUGGGAAAAUAUCUGCAGACUCAGGAGUGAAGCAGCUCUCUGUUCUACUGAAGGAUCCACACUGCAGACCUGAGAAACUCAGGCUGAGUAAGAGCGGUAUUACAGAGAGAGGCUGUACUGAUCUGAUAUCAGCUCUUACUUCAAACCCUUCACACCUGACAGAGCUGGACCUGAGUGAGAACACCCUGGGAAAUGCAGGAGUGAAACAGAUCUCUACUCUACUGAAGAGUUCAUCCUGUAAACUCCAGAAACUUGUACUUUUAGACUGCAGUAUAACAGGUGAAGGAUACACUGCUCUGGUUAAAGCUCUGAUGUUAAACCCCUCAUCACACCUGAUAGGGCUGGACCUCAGAGGGAACGACCCUGGAACAUCAGGCCUGAAGGAACUUAGGAAUUUGAUGAAAAAUACAAAAUGUAAACUGAAUACUUUGAGGUUGUUGAAAAGUCCUGAUGCACAGAGAGCUUGUGAUCAUCUGACUGGUGUUCUGGGUAUAAACCCCAUACUGCAGACGGAUCUGAAUCUGAGCGGGAAAAUAGACGGAGACUCAGGAGUAGAGCAACUCUGUGUUUUACUGAAGGAUCCACACUGCAGACCUGAAACACUUCAGCUGAGUAAGAGCGGUAUUACAGAGAGAGGCUGUACUGAUCUGAUAUCAGCUCUUACUUCAAACCCUUCACACCUGACAGAGCUGGACCUGAGUGAGAACACCCUGGGAAAUGCAGGAGUGAAACAGAUCUCUACUCUACUGAAGAGUUCAUCCUGUAAACUCCAGAAACUUGUAUUUUCAGACUGCAGUAUAACAGAGGAAGGAUACACUGCUCUGGCUGAAGCUCUGAAAUCAUCUCACCUGAUAGAGCUGGAUCUCAGAGGGAACGACCCUGGAGACUCAGGAGUGAAGCUGCUCACUGAUUUACUACAGGAUCCAGACUGUACACUGAACACACUGAGGUUGUUAAAAAGUGCUGAUGCAGAGGAAGCCUGCAAGUGUCUCACUAACAUUGUGGGUAAAAACCCGUUACUGCACAAGGAGCUGGAUCUGUGGUACAGAACAACUAAAGACAUUAAAGUGAAUCAGCUCUCGGCUUUGCUGCAGGAUCCACAUUACAGACUGCAGAAACUCAUACUGUGUGACAGUGUAAGUGUAAAAUCCUGCACUGAUGUGGUUUCAGCUCUCUGUACAAAUCCAUCACACAUCAGAAAGCUGGAUCUGAGUUGGUGUGAACUAGGAGACUCAGGAGUGGAGAAGCUCUGUGAUCUACUGAAGAAACACGAGUGUAAACUGGAGACACUGUGGUUAGGAUAUUGCAAUAUAACAGAGAGACACUGUGCUGCUCUGACUGCUGCACUAAAGUUAAACUCCUCACAUCUGAAAUAUCUGAAUCUGAGGGGGAAUAAACUGGGAAAUUCAGUCACACAACUCGAGGAAUUACUGCAGCGUUCAGGAGGACGACUAGUACAUGAUAACUCCUUCAGAAGUGAAAUGAAACAUUCCUCAGAUGGGAGAAAGGAAGCAGCGUGUACAGUAAGUUAGGAAGCAGUGUGGAUCGUGAUUAAACUCAGCAGAACCAGGACAGUAGUGGAACAGACCCUCAACAAACCCAGAAUUCAGUCUUCAGGAGGUUUAUAUAAGAUCACAGAACAGAAUUGGAGUAAUGAAACCAGUAACACCAGUAAUAAACAGAGACUAGAGGCUAAACAGGGGCUACACAAGCUCUCCCACCUCCAGU